CCGUAGCUCUUCGCUUAGUUAGCGUAAAUGCACGGUAACUUCACUUUCAGAGAUUAGCUUUUGGGCUAGCUGCGGGUCCUUUUUAGUAUGACGUUUUCAGCGCUUACCGUCGAUUUUGGUUGAGCUAGCAGUCAACUGGCUAACGGCUAAGUGCUAGCCCCACGCUAACGCUCCUACUAAGGUACAGCGUUACUUUCCUAGCGCCUUUGCGGCAACCAUACGUGAGAUUUGAUACAUCGGUGGUUGGUAAGCUGCCCUCCGUCCACGUCCAUCUCAUGGACCAAGAUCUGGCACCCGUUCACUCUCAUACCUGAGUCCCAGGGACUAUGAAAUCGGCUCGCGCUGGUCUCUGUGCCAGCAAAACAAGCCCCAAAACGCAACAAAUCCCGCAAGAGCCAGCUGGAUUUGUUGUGUUCGCUCGGACGUCUUGGGGCGUCAAUGGCAGCUCACGAGUUAAGCAAAAUGUUUUCUGUCUUGUCAUGGCUUCAUUUCAGCUGUCUUAAACUUUGGAAUGUGGAUUAGGCUAGCCCAGUGGUGUCAAACGGUUGGCUCAGGGACCAACUCUGGCCCGCCGCAUUAUUUUGCGUAGACAUUUUGCAAAAGUAAAUCAUAUGUGUCGACUUUGUGUUUUUCGCUAUGGACAAACAAACAUAAAUUAUUUACGCCCCCCCCCCCCCCCCCAAAAAAAAAAAAAAAAAAAGUCACCCCCUUUCAAACGGAUGGCCCAGGAGCCAGAUCCGGCCCACUGCAUCAUUUUGUGUGGCCCGCAAAAGUAAAUCAUGUGCGUCCACUUCAUCUUUUCUGAUGAAAUACACGGGGAAACGAUAGUUCCCCCCACCCCUUUUUUUAUGAAUCCAAAAUUGAAAGUGAAUAUGUAGCAUUCCCCCCCUUUUUUGUUUAUUAAGAAAUUGUGAAAAAAAUGAAAGUUCAAUUGAUGACUAAUAAAAUGCUUAGGUUUAUUCCGAAAAACAAUCGUUUCCCACUCUUUAUUUUGAGAAAUAAAAAAAUUCUUGGGAUUGAAAAUAAAGGUUUAUUGACUCUCACAAUAGAUCGCAGUUCAUUUGGUAAUUGACGAAUCAGCUAAUGGUCACGGCCCUAGUUUACGCCCUUCUCAGUCAAAACGGAUUGGACAAUCAAUGGCGGUCAAACGAGUUCAAUAUGAUAACGGCCCUACGGAGGAAACCGCGACCUUGACGGCGGAACAAAUUGAUCUGGCGAUUGGAGGCGGCGGCGUAUUCGGUCGGCCGGCCGGCGGUCAGCUGUUUUCAUUUGGCGCCGUUUUUUCCAGAAGCGCGUAAAGGUCCUUGAAGGACGACCGAGCGCCACUUAUUUGGCGGCACAAUGGCAAGCGUAAUGACGGCGAGCGGCCACAAUGCCCGGCGGGGACGCCUCAUUUACGUGCGCAGAUACGGCUGAUUGAGCCGCCGGUGCCCGCAAAUGAGCGGCCAUUGUUUGGCUAAUGGCGGCUCGCGUCAAUCACUUCAGGACGCCCGCGUCCUGCUCCUGGAGCCCUUCUACGGGGGUUCUCACAAGCAGCUGCUGGACCUGCUGGCCGAGCACCUGCGCCCGGCCGCCGCCGCCUUCACGCUGCCCGCCAAGAAGUGGCACUGGAGAGCCCGGACUUCGGCGCUUUACUUCAGCCAAAGCGUGCCCCCGGACCCCGCGUACAGGGUCCUUUUCUGCAGUUCGGUCCUGAACUUGUGCGAGCUGGCGGCCCUCCGACCCGAUCUGGCCCGCCUGAAAAAGGUCUUGUACUUCCACGAGAACCAGCUGGUCUACCCGGUGCGCAAAGAGCAGGACCGUGACUUCCAGUACGGCUACAACCAGAUCCUGUCGUGCUUGGUGGCCGACACGGUGGUCUUCAACUCGGUCUUCAACAUGGAAUCCUUCCUGUCCUCGGUGGCCGCCUUCCUCAACAAGAUUCCGGACCGCCGGCCUUCGGGAGACCUGGCCCGAGUCAUCCGGCCCAAGUGUCGCGUUCUCUACUUCCCGCUGCGCUUGCCGGACGUCGUCAGGACGCCGACGGAGGCGGACCCCCCCGGCGAGCCGCUGCACAUCGUUUGGCCUCACAGGUGGGAACACGACAAAGAUCCCGAGCUGUUCUUGAGCACCGUGCUGAAGUUGAAAGAAGAAGGACAGGACUUCCGCUUGUCCGUCCUGGGGGAAAGUUUCUCCGAGACGCCAGAGGUGUUUUCUCGCUGCCGCCCUCUGCUGGACGCGCACGUGCUCCACUGGGGCUUCGCGGAGUCCCGAGAGGAGUUCCUGCAAAUUCUGCGCCGGGCCGACGUGGCCGUGUCCACCGCCGGGCACGAGUUCUUCGGAGUGGCCAUGUUGGAGGCGGCGCGCUGCGGCUGUUACCCUCUUUGCCCCAAAGCCUUAGUGUACCCUGAAAUCUUCCCAGCCCAGUGCCUGUACGCCACCCCCCGGCAGCUGCUAAAGAGGUUGCGCCGCUUCUGCCGACGGCCGGGAAGCGCGCGCGAGCUCAAGGUAACGCACACGCGCACUCUGUCCUUAGUUAUAAUCACUUUAUGGUUAACCCUUACAGGAACGGUGACGGUCAUGAUGUACAUUAGACAGCUAUUCAAAAGUGAAGCCCAUUAUAGGGCAAGGGGUUGUUUUUGGUCUCAUCUUUCUAUAUUUUUCAACCAUUUUUUUGACAGAAUUACAGUGUAUCACAAAAGUCAGUACACCACUCGAAUUUGUGCAGAUAUUUACGUAUGUAUCUCUUUUCAUGGGACAACACUGACAAAAUGACACUUUGCCACAGUGAAAAGUAGUCUUCAGAAGAGGCUUCCUCCUGGGGUGACGGCCAUGCACACCCAAUUUGAUGUAUGGUCUCGGCACUAACAGGCUGACCCCCCAGCUCUUCAAUCUCUGCAGCAAUGCUGACGGCAGUCCUGUAACGAGUCACGUGACAUUUUGGAGGGAAAAUGACAAGCAGUACUCAAUUUGGACAUUUAGGGAUGCACGUUUUUUUCCAAAGGGGUGUACUCACUUUUGUUGCUAGGGGUUUAGAUAUUCAUGGCUAUAUUUUGAGUUAUUUUCAGGGGAAAAUAAAUGAACUCAGGAGGAAGCCUCUUCUGAAGACUGCACACAGGCUACUUUUCAUUGAAUUGUCAAAGUGUCAUUUUGUCAGUGUUGUCCCAUGAAAAGAGAUACUUGAUUAUCUGCAGAAAAGCGAGGGGUCUACUCACUUUUGUGAUACGCUGUAUAUCUACAACAACGUUAAGCUAAAUAAAUGACAUGAUCAUCUCUAAAAAGAGAGAAUAGUGACACGGUGACCGAGUGGAUAGCACAUCCGCCUCACAGUUCUGAGAGCAAGGGUUCAAUCCCGGGCUCUGGCCUCCCUGUGUGUUUAUAUGUUCUCCCCAUGCCCGUGUGGGCUUUCUCCAGAGACUCUGGUUUCCUCCCACAUCCCAAAAACAUGCUCGAUAGGCUGAUUGAACACUCUGAAUUGUCCAUCGGUGUGUCUGUGUGAUUGGUUCUUUGUCCAGUUGUGCCCUGCGAUUGGCUGGCAAUUCAGGGUGUACCCGCCCAUAGUUAGCUGGGAUAGGCUCCAGCACCUCUGCAAACUUUGUGGCAUGAAAAGAGAAAAACACUCUAGUUCUGGCCUAAUGUAACAGUCUAAAGUAGAUUUUUAUUCAUAGUAUUUAACACAUGGCAUGGCAUGCCAUUGACGGUGACAGGCAUCCAAAUUCAUUUCAACUGGGAGGGCUGACCGUGACCAUGUCAAUGACAGUGCUAGAUGUCCAAUCCGUUUUGACUAGGCAGUCUGUCUAAACCAUAGGUGUCAAACCAAUUCCACAAAAGGCCAAGUGGGUGCUGGAUUUUGUUCCAACCGAUACCGUGCAAACCAAUGAAUUUUCUGUUGAAACGAGCAGCACCUGACAAAGGUGAACUGAUUACCCAUGGAAGAGAUCAGAUUGGUCAAAAGGUGUCCUCUUCAUUGGUUGGAAAGAAAACCCGCACCCACUUUGCCCUUUAUGGAGUCAGUUUGACACCAGUGGUUUCAACAGAUUGGACGUGUAGCGCCAUCCAUCAAUCAAUGCCAUGUAAAAAAGUAAAAUGUCCUAAUUGUCAUCGUUGGUGCAUGAGAGGGUUAAUACGUUUAUUGAAAAAGUAACUUGACCAGUUUACACCACGUCACUGGACACAAUAGCCUAAAACCUAUUCCGUGGUUAAAGGUUAGCCACAUUUCAUGAGAAAGCGCAGCUUGCGUCUGAUUCGCUUGCAGGUGGACACGUCUCGCUUUUCCUGGGACGUCCUCAAGGAGGAGUACCAAACGCUGCUGAGCCCGUGACGGAACGGAGCGCUUCCCGUUCGGUCGAGUCGUCGACAAACGGGAGCCGAGGCGAUAAAGCAGCUUUCGGGCAACGUCCAGACCUUCCGUCCGAGCCGGCGGAAAACCGGAGCCGCCGGGAGGAACGUGCCGCUCGACUGCCGGUUCAACACGCCGGCGUGUUUUUGAUGGACUUUUCUCAUCGAUCGAUGUAAUAAUAAAAUUCAUUUUAAG